AUGUCGCUAUACUCUCACCUGGGCGUGCUAUCACGGCGGCGGGCAUUGAGGUCUUUGCAUGUUUCACCAUCGCUGUGCCGCCAUGUCUCCAUCGACGUCAACACCAGAGCUUCAUAUACCGAGCCCACUCCGUCCCACCUGGUCAGAUUCGCUCUGACGGGUACCACGAAACCCGCUCACAAUGACGUCUCCAAUCCGGAGCUUGACAAGCACCUCUCGGACAUAUUUCUCGGUGAUUGGCCCUUAGCGUCUCUACCACCACCUUUUUGGAGCUCUUCUGGUCGACAGCCACGGAGCCCCGAUGAAAUUGGGUCGUUCAAAGCCCUGAAACAUGACGUACGAAACCUGCGUCACUUGCAGGUAUUCAUUGAAAGAAGUGUCAAUGAAGCAGAAGGCGGUCUGCUUCUACAGACACAGUCCUGCGCCCUUUUAGCGCAAGCGCUAAAUCGUUGCCAGCGAAAGAAUUCCUACGGCGAAAUUCUCUCGGCGCUCAAUGCUAUCAUUACAAGACUGGAGAAGCUGGGAGUACCACGUACGGAUAAUAUAUACUUUUUGGGGAUGUACUAUGCUGCACUAUCAUUGUCCGUGCCGGCGCUUGAAAGGUUUCUGGAUGGAUACCUUUCCGUUAGCCUGUGGCCUAUGGACAUCCUAGCAAGCAAAUCUCUAGUGAAUGCGCUCCUCAAUGCCCUUCACUAUCUGAGGUUCCGUGAGGUUAGUAUUGAUACGAACGCGAUACUGGAAAUAAUCGAGGGAGUUACUCUGAUGGAAAGUGGUGAUGUUCUCCGGGCUACGGAUUACUUGCAAGAAGUGUCGGAACGCUCCCAAGGAAUUCUGCCUGGUAUAUCGGAGUUCAAAGACGUCAACACACUGCUUGAGUCAGAAGUUCUUGGUCCCUUGUUGCCUCGGAUGGCAGGCGAGAAAGAGUACUUGAAGCUUCUUGAGGCUCAACUAAUACAGAUCGAGAACAAGAUGGGUCUCAGUUGGGAUUCCGAAGGCCUCUAUCACACAAAUAUCAGUGAUCCGCACUCAAUAAUCUCUGAGACACCCCUCUUCAAUAUCGACGGUGACAGCACUGGCUAUGAGAGCACUGCGCGCUUAAUUGCCGAAAUCAAAGCCCUCGGAUGCUCCAGGUCAGUGACAGAUCUCGGGAAGAUUGCAGAAAUGCUUGACGAACACGAGGGAGACGUGAUCCCUGUAUCUUUGCCCUCAACUAAAGGCCAGGAUGUGGAGUACGCUUGGUUCCCCCGGUAUUCUUCAUUUCGGCGUUCGGGGGCCUCUUCAUCUGCUGAAAGAGAGGGUACCGAGCCUUGGACACCUUCAACAUUGGGUUUAGUUCGUGUCAGCUGCAAUAGCAGUGGAUCCCCUCUCGAACGCUCCAUUCAUGUGAUGCAGCUCGGUCGUUUAGCAAGGAGAGCCAGGUGCCCACAUGAUCAGGAUCCAACUUAUGAUACUCUUUGGGAAGAGACCGAGCAUAUGGUUACCUGGGAUCGUGUCUAUGGCCAAUUCAUCGCUGUAUACGUUGGACCAAGCGACGGGCAUAUCGAGACUCGCAUAGAGUCACGAGCUGCACGAGCGCGAUCUGGUAUUGAAGCGAUCACCGCAUUCUCUCUCCCUGGUGAUACGGAACCAGUUUCACAGGGUGAUCUGAUAUCCUUUAUUGGAAAUGCGUCUAUGCAUUAUUACAUCGAGGAAGACCCAAGCCCGGACCUGAUAUACUAA